AUGUCUGCUUCUACCGACCCGUCCCUGACCACAGUCUCCACCACCAAUGCCCCUGCUGCCAUUGGUCCCUAUUCCCAGGCCAUCAAGGCAGGCGAUUUGCUCUUCUGCUCUGGAUGCAUCCCGCUGGACCCGGCAUCUAUGCAAGUCGUCGAAGGAGGAAUCGAGGCACAGACAAAACAGGCGCUGAAGAAUCUGACUUCUGUGGUUGAAGCUGGUGGAUCAGAACUAGGAAAGGUCGUCAAGACAACUGUUUUCUUGAAAUCGAUGAAUGACUUUGUUGUUGUCAACGGUAUCUAUGAGGCGACUUUUGGCACCCACAAGCCUGCACGGUCUGCUGUUGAGGUGGCGAGACUACCGAAGGACGUGUUGGUUGAGGUUGAAUGUGUUGCUAGUUGA